AAUUGCUCCUGUGGGAUCAUUGUAAAUCUCUGCCUAAUAACUGUUAUAUGGAAAACUGGUCUUAUAAAAAAGCCAUUCGGAGUACUUUCUAUAAGCAUUGGCAGCUUAAAUUGUUCUAUUGUCCUUGUUACAUCUUUUUACAAUUUAAUUACUUUUUCUUUCGAAAUGUUAAUAAAUUCAUUUCAACUGAAUCGCAGACAAAUUACCAAGGAGAAAAGCGCGAAUGGAAUUGGCCAACUGAUUAACGGCAUUUAUUACUCAAAUUUGCUGUUGCAUCUUCUUAUAAGUGUUAAUAGAUUUUAUUCUGUUGCAUUUCCUCUAAAAUAUGGAACCAUUUUUGAUCGAAAAAAGACGAAAAUUAUGGUGUUUUUAAUUAUAACAAUCUGGUCGCUUUCUUCAUUUCUUUUAUGUGUUUAUAUUGCCUUUUCUUGGUUCAUAAAUCUCAAUUUGCCAUAUACAACUGCAGCAUUUGCUUUGCUCAGAACUUCUUUCAGAUCCAGGAUGCUCAUAUUCGAUUUCCUGGAUGCUACUCUGAUAGCGCCAUUUUGCACAACAGCGUGGGGAACAUUCAUAUUGUUCACAUUCACAUGGAUGCUUUGUCAUUUUCUUGAUGGGUAA